AUGGGUAAACCAACAUACAUCUUAAUAAUACGACAUGGAGAAUCUGAAGGAAAUUGUGAUAAGUCAGUAAAUCGAACAACGCCAAAUCAUUUAGUACCAUUAACCAAAAAAGGUCAUGAACAAUCAGAAAGAGCAGGAGAUUUAUUAGUAAACUUUGUACAUCACAAAGCAUUAAUCAAUGCUAAUCCCAAACGUGCCAAAAAAUCAAUACUAUUUUAUACUUCACCAUAUUUAAGAACAAGACAAACUUGUUUUAAUCUAAUUGAAAAAAUAAAAAAUGAAGGAGAUAUUCAAUAUACAGUUCAAGAAGAAACUAGAAUGAGAGAACAAGAUUUUGGUAAUUUUCAAUCAUCUGGAUCUGAAAUGGAUAGAAUAUGGAAAGAACGUGCAAGUUAUGGUCAUUUUUUUUAUAGAAUACCUCAUGGUGAAUCAGCAGCAGAUGUUUAUGAUAGAGUUGCAAGUUUUAAUGAAAGUUUAUAUAGACAAUUUCGUAAUGAAGAUUUUCCAAAUAUUUUGGUUUUAGUAACUCAUGGAAUAUGGUCAAGAGUAUUUUUAAUGAAAUGGUUUAAAUGGACUUAUGAAGAAUUUGAAAGUUUAACAAAUAUACCUCAUUGUAAAUAUAUAAUAAUGAAAAUAGAUCCAAAAACUCAAAAAUAUCAUUUAUUAACAAAAUUAGAUACAUGGGAUGAUGUUAGUGAUGAUGAAUUAAGACUGGAAAUAUUAAAAGAUUUAAAAGAAAAUGAAUUAAAUACUAAUACAGAUAGUUUUAUAAAUCAUAGUAAUAAUGCUGAUGAAAUUGAAAUGAUUAUAAGUGCUCAAAAGCUGAAUAUUGAUUUUAAUAAAGAAAAAAAUAAAAAAAUAGAAGAAAUGUAUAAUCAAGUUCAUAAUAAAAUACAUGAACCUGAACCAAAUAGAAAAUUUAAUAAUGGUGAAACUAAUAAAACAUCUGGAGGACAUAAUGAUUCAAUAAAUCCAAAUGAUACUGAAUUUAGAGAUAGAUUGAUUUCCAAAUUUAAAGUAGAUAAUCAAAGUGUAUGUAAUAGUGUUGAGAGUCUCGAAAAUUGGAAACUGAAUUGA